CUCAACAGAUUUAAAGCCGAAGUUACAGUUUCCAUGUAAUACGUUCGCUAUUUAUUGUAUUUACUUAGAGAUACACCAAACCCAUGCUUUACCGCAGGUACUCCCGCUCCUCACCCGACCCGGGGGCAGCUCUCGCAGCCCCAGUUACGGUGCCAUGUUUAAACAGAAGCCAACGGCACCGUUUGACACAGGAUCUCGUUUUCCAAGCCCGUACCGGAUUCGGGAGCCCAGGGGGAGAGCAGCACGAUGCGCAGCGCCCGUCGGACUACUCCCGUCCUCCGCUUUCCCCAGGCUCUCCCCCACGCGGCCGUCGGCCCAGAGAUGUCGGAAGCCGCCGACCGAACGGCCCGCGCCGCCCGCAGCGCGUCCAUGCGCGCACCGCUCCUUCCCCGGCGGGGCGCAAAAAGCGCGCAGCCACCGCACGCGUGCUCGCCUCACUUCUCCCCCGCCGGGCUUCCUAGAAGCGCUUUACAAACCGCUCCCUCCAACAAAAACGAAAGGAAGGCAACAAAAGCAGGCGCCGCACGCCCCAGAAUCGCUCCCAAAAAGAGAUGAAUGGCACACAAGGAACGGCUUCUGUCUUACAUGCAAUACUAAAACCCUCACCUUGCCUACAUGCCCCUACGGCACGCAGGUGAGCGCUGUGCUUCAGCUCUCUUUUUGCACCUUGAAGACACGCACGUGGCCAUGCAUGGCAGCAGGAAACACCAUGAGGCAGAACCGGAAGGACUGUGGGGCUGAAUGCCACAGCCACGCCAAUCCCAACUUCUGAGCAGGAAAAGUAUGCCAUGGCAAAGCACUGAAGAUGAUUCAAAUCGCCUCUCCCCCACCCUCCAGUGCCACGAAACAACAGCCCUCUUUAGCCAGGGGAGCGGGACCAUGUGGAGGGAUGAC